AUGUCAAACUUGCAUGAUCUGCUCACGCUCGAGACUUCACCAAUUGAUGAAUCCUACGUUGAGAAAUUGACGGCACUUUUGAAGAGUGGAAUCCCUGCGACUUAUACGAUUGAGCAAGUAGCUGCCCAUGAGGCUGGUAAAGAUGACGUCGAAGAUACGGGAUCUAACACAACGCCAUUGCACGUUUUGAUAAGAUCUUUACCAGACGAACUAAGCCGUGAGGAAAACUUAGUGGUCUUGAAGUUGAUGGAUGUUUUGUUCGAAUAUGGCGCUGGCUGGAACUUCUUAGACUACGAGAAUAAGAGUCCAGGUGAUCUACUAUUUGAGCGUGGUAUGAAAAACGGAAAUGCGUUGUACGAACGAGUUGUCGACGCUGGUGUGUCUGCUGAAUUGCUGCUGCGGAAAUUGAAUGAUGACAUUGAGUUUCUUGACGAGGAAGAUCUUGAAGAUCCUGAAGACACUGAAGAGACAGAAGAGCCAAGUGAAGACCCAGAAGCGUCUACUGAGAGUCUCGAAAGUGCAGGCGAUACGGCCGAACACCAGGAUACCUAUCUGAAAGCGGACUUGGAGUACACGGCGAACGCGCUCAUAACUAAAGAUAACAAAGAUGGCGUAAUGAUGGACUGGGAAUCGGAUAUCAUGCGUCUGGCUCGCGAUUCAAUGUUUAAAAACGCAACCUCGGAUUCCGUCGUGCUGAACAUAGGGUUUGGGAUGGGUAUUAUCGACAGAUUUAUUCAAGAACGCCAACCUGCCCAGCAUUACAUUUGCGAAGCGCAUCCAGACGUCUUAAAACACAUGCGUGAUGAGGGGUGGUUUGAAAAGCCCAAUGUUGUCGUUCUUGAAGGGCGCUGGCAGGACACCUUAUCGACGCUAUUAGACGAUGGGUCAGUGUUUUUUGAUGCCAUCUACUAUGACACUUUCAGCGAACAUUACAGCGACAUGUUGGAUUUAUACGACACAAUUGUCGGUUUGAUCAAGCCAGAGGGUCUAUUUUCCUUCUUUAACGGUUUGGGCGCCGAUAGACAGGUUUGCUACGACGUGUACAAGAAGGUUGUUGAAAUGGACGUAGCAAACUAUGGCAUGAAAUGCAACUUUACGACAAUUCCACUACCUAGAGACCCCAAUUGGGAAGACGUGCGGAGGUCUUAUUUCGCGUGCGAUAGAUACUAUCAUCCUGAGAUUCGUUUUGCUUAG